GUCCAGCCCAGUAAAAGACAUCCAUGAUAUUCUGGACCUGACCGUCUUUGAUGAGGAUGGAGACAAAGCACCUGACUUCCUGGGCAAAGUGGCCAUUCCUCUGCUUUCUAUCCACAAUGGUCAACCGAUCUGCUGUCCCCUGAAGAAAGAGGAUCUGGGGUGUCUGUCUAAAGGAAGCAUCUCCCUAGAGCUGGAGCUCGUCUUCAACCCAGUCAGAGCAGCUAUCAGAACAUUUAAACCAAAGGAGAAGAAAUUCAUGGAAGACAAUCCCAAGUUUUCUAAAAAGAUGUUGGCGCGUAACGUGUACCGCGUGCGUAACCUUUACAGAGCAGUGCAGUCCACGUUCCAGUACAUCAACAGCUGUUUUCAGUGGCAGAGUUUCCAGAGGAGUCUCAUAGCCUUCCUGAUAUUCCUGCUUGUGGUGUGGCAUUGGGAGUUCUACAUGUUGCCUCUCUGUCUGGUUCUGCUCAUCACAUGGAACUAUCUUCAGAUUGCAUCUGGACGGGCCAACCAGGACCUGGAUAAUAUGGACUUGGGCGAUGAAGAUGAUGAAGAUGAAAAGGUAGCAUAG